CGUCGUGCUUUCUGAUUGGCUGCGAGAUACGAGGUCAAUCUCCACGGUACAUGCGCCGAAAGCUGGCGUGUGGCAUAUGUGGAGUCAGCAGUGUUCGCCAGAAUUAGCGAAAGGCUGCGAUACGUUCAGGGUAUCCGGUGUGUGUGAGAGUCAGCGAAGGGCAAGAGGCACCGAGGCCGAGCGGUUUGCAGCUUUCCCGCACAAACGUCGUUUAACCACUUGAAAAGAGUAAGAAGAAGGAGGAGCGCAUUAGUCCAGAACCUCGGACUCGAGAGUCGUCGCGGAGAAUGAAGAGCAGUUCAAAGAGGAAAGAAGAAGUGAAUCUCGCAAACGGCGGCGUGAAGCAGUCGACAUGGAGCAAAGCGUUAAGCAGCAACGCCGUAUGGGAAGAGAAGGAUGAAUUUUUAGACGUGAUCUACUGGUUUCGGCAAAUCAUCGCUGUUAUUUUAGGCGUAAUCUGGGGAAUUGUGCCUCUCAAAGGAUUUCUAGGGAUUGCCAUAUUCUGCAUCAUCAACGCUGGCCUCCUCUACAUCUACUUCAGCAGCUUCCAGCAGGUGGACGAGGAGGAGUAUGGGGGCACCUGGGAGCUCACUAAGGAGGGCUUCAUGACUUCCUUUGCCCUUUUCCUGGUCGUUUGGAUCAUAUUUUACACGGCACUGCACUACGACUGAAGACGCGUAUUGGAGGCAGGGCGGGACAUCCUUAUUGGUCUGAGAUGCCAGGAUUAUGAUGUCGAAGUACAAAGUCUUUCCCUGCUUCUUUCUUAUUGUUACCAACCAAACAGUCUGGAAGGGAGAGCAUUAUGGGUACUUGACGAUAAGUAACCUCAGGCAGAGGUUGUCCUGUAGAUCGUCGGAACUAAAACUACACCCUCUGAUCCUUCCCAGGUGGGCAUGGGUUUUGACUUUUUGUCUUUUAGAUUGCAUUAAAACAGGAACACGUUUUAAUUACAUGUUUUUUGAUGAUGGGAGGUUAGAGACACUUAGCUUGGAGAUGCCUGCACAGAUUAAUUUAAGUGAGUGUAUAAAUUAGCUGUACAACUUUGAAUUUUUAUCAAAUCCAGAAUGUAUUACACAGCUGUUUCCUGUUCUCAUUUGACCAAGUAUAUUUUUCAGUAUUUUAUGUUUGACUAAUUGUCUUCAUAAACCAUUUGGAGAGUUGUAAUAUAAUAAACUGACCUGAAAAUAU